AUGCUGAAUCAGGGUAUAUGCUAAUAUAAAUAAUUAAAAAUAGAAGAGUAGGAAUAAAAAUAAAGAUUGAGCCAACUUAAAUUAUGGAAUAAUUAUUACCUUUAUAAUUAACUUAGGUUUUCGUUCUAGUUGUAUAGAAGGCUAUACAAAAAAUAAAUACAAAGUUAAUAAUCCAAGAUAGGAAAAUUAAUUGAACUCCCAAAGUAUAAGCAAUCAAUAUGGAAAAUGUAGUUAGAGUAAAUAUAUAAAAUAAACAUAAAAUAGCGAGAUAUAGAAGGAUUAUUAAAAAAUGUUGCUAAGAAUGAAUGGAAUUAUUUUACUUUUUGAAUUUAGGCUAAUCCAACAUUUAACCAAAUAUGCAUAAUUAAUCCAAUUAUAAGGGAACAAUAAAAUAGAGCUAUUGGCUAUGGAUAAUUUCCCUCAUCUUAUGAAUAGACACAUUCAUCCUAACAUUAGUAAGUAUUUCCAAAUCCACAAUAACAAAAGUCAAUAAUAUCAGAAGGCUAAUCAACUAGCCAGAACUACAUGUUAGUAAAGAGACCAAAACAAAUCAUCAUUAGAAUAAAUAAAUUUUGUAUCACUAAGGCUGCAAAAACACUACUUUCAAAGUCUGCCCUCUUUUAUGUUGUACUGA